AUGGCCGCGGAUGAAGGGGCAACGCCCCGCGCCCGUGUGGGUGCGGCACCAAAAGCCAACGGUGGCAAGCGCAGCCAAGCGUCGCGAGUCGCUGGGCACGUGGCUGCGGGCAGCGAGUCGCCGAGCUCCUCGGCUGAUCCCGGGCCGCAGGAUUCGCAGAAGGGGAGAAGCAUCUCGCAGAUCAUUGAGCUCGCCGAAGCCCGGAAUGUGGAGCGGUUGGUCCGCACGCCGCGCUCCCAACAUUUUCCUAUGGCGAGGGAGGGGCGUGCUGAUACCGACCAGGCACACCGAAAGCAUGCCUGGGCCCACCGGGAGCACGUCUGGACUCGCCGGGAGCAUGCCUGUGCCUGCGUGUGCCAAGGGCAGUUGUCGCGCACUUCGCAGGUGCUGGCAGGUGGGGUGCUCGCGCCAGGCGACGACGCUAGCGGCCCUGCGCACAACGCUUGCCAGUUCUUUAGUUGCAACUGGGAUGUACUGUCAGACGACAGCCUUUUGCGGCUUGUCCUUGCGCCGCAGGAGAUGGGCAACACUGUUCAUCCACAAAUGCCCACGUGCUCUACGUGGCAAACUUUACCCGAACGCGGCAAUGAAGUUCCGAGUGGGCGAUGCGUGUUGCCAUUCAUGCGCGAUUGGAGCUGUAUAGCCGCUGCGGCCUGGCGCAGCACGCGCUCAAGUCGGCGUGGCAAGUCAUCAAAGUUGCUGGUGGUGGGCCUGGCUGGGGCGCCGGCCUCGGCUAGCGCUGCGCGGAGCAGGGGCGAAGGUCGGGGCGGAUGGGUCCGGGCCAGUGGCAUCGCCGAUGAAGCGCAGCGCAAAGCGGAGGGUGAGUGGCAUCCUGGGUGGCUUCUGCAGUGUUUGGCUGCGGCGGCGGGGCCGCAGUGGGGCGACGCGCCAUCAACAGCUUCGUCGUCACUGUCACUGGAGGAAGAAGAGUUGCUGGAGCUGUUGUCCGUGGUUGGUGUUGGGGGCUCGGGGCCGGGCACGGGUGGGGCCUGUGGUGGGGCGGCUGCAUCGGCACGUGCCGGUGACUGGACGGAUGGUUGGCAGUACCACGUCCCGCCCUUGCCUGCCGCCUCGCGUAAUUUUGCCCCGCCAACGAACCUCCUGGCACGCCGGGCGAAGGGAAUCGCCUCGGCCUCAGACAGCACGCAUGGGGAGGCGGCAGUAGGCGGGAGUCGCCUGCCAGCGCGCGUCGGCGAGCAGGGCGGGCUCCGGCUGUUGGCCCAGAAGGCCAGGUCGCUGCUGGCGCGGAUCACGGCGCCGUACUCCCGGGCCUCACUGCGCCAUGCCGAGCGCCGCAAGCGUCCGCAUGCCGACCAGGCUGCGCAAACCCUGCGCCUGCAAGGGUACGAGGCGCCCACGUGGGCAGCGCUGUUGGAGGAAAUGGCCCCUCCAAACCUCGGAGACGACGACGGGCCCCUGCCCCAACGAGGUGAUGGGGCGGAGGUCCCCUUGGGGGACCUGCUCCUGGAGAGGCCCCAACGCCUGCUGGUCCUCGGCAAUGAAGUUGGCGGGCGCUGGAAUGACCAGGCCCGCGACUUCUUGCGGACCCUGACGCGGUUACGGGGCUACCGCGCCCCGGCUGCUGUGCGUCGCAGCGCGGCGAGCGGCUGGGCGCGUCGGUGGUGGGGGCUGUUGUCCGUGGCGGUGCAAGUGGCUGUGGCCGACUGCCCCAACCGCGGCUGGAUUGCAACCCGCCGGCUUCAGCGCGGCACCUCCUUUGUCGACACGACCCUCGUCAGCGCUCUCGGCUUUAACGGACGGCCGCUGAUGGCGGCCAAACAGUGCACCUAUCCUGAGCUGCUCCGUUCCCUGCGGUGCCGCCUGGUCGUGUUGGCCAUCGAACUUGGUGGCAGAUGGAGCCGUGAAACUGCCCUGUUCAUCCGCCACCUCGCCCGCGCAGCCCCCUCCCUGCGCAAUGCCUCCGUCGCCGCAUUCACUGCCCGCUGGUUCUCCCUGCUCGCAUUUGCCGCAGCACGUGUAUGGGCCUCCAGCUUCCUUUCACUCCACCUGCCCGGGGCCGCCAAUGUGGACGGGGCGGCCCCCGAUGUCAGUGAGGUGCUCACUGGCCAGCGGUUUUACGCCGUGCCCCCUCGCCAGCCGCAUCCCCCGCCUGUGGGCCACUCGGACAGACAUCUGCAGACGCAAAAAGGGUUCGCCAUGAAGGCCACUGUCGCGCUAUGGAUUUUCAGCCAGGUGGCGUCCUACAAUUUGUAUUGGUGGUGCAUAUCGGACGAGUUCGGGACCUGUCCUCAAUGGGCUGGUGGGUCAGGAUUUCAGCCAAUAUUUUCCAGAAUCCAAGAGAAUGCCCCCCUUGACCUCAUUGGCUUCCAAGAAUGCUCAGACAUAGGUAGAGUCAUCUGGGGAGCCGGUCUGGGUUCGACUUUCGACUUCUUCACACCACCCCCAGGCAACGAUGCCCCGAUGGCUUGGCAGAAAAGCAAAUUCUUUGCAGUGGAUGGGCCAGCUACGAUGUGGAUCGCCAGGGACAUGUAUGGCGACCGCAACAUGAAUUGGGUCCGGCUCAAGGUCAUUGGAAGUGGUGCGACCAUUUUCUUUGCAAACACGCAUGGACCCUUGGGUCAAUGCUGGGGUGGCCCCGGCUUUGCACUUGCAGACAGCAUCAUCAAAGCUGUUUACAGCCACAAGCAGCCGCAAGAUCAAAUGGUUUUCACGGGCGACUUCAACUGUGAUGGCAACUCAGACACGAUCAAGAAGCUUGCUCAGGUGUUCGAGCUGGCCGCCACUGACAAUUCCUUCGGCGGUGCUGACCACAUCUUCAGCAACUGGGGAAUGAAAGUGGUCUGGACCGGUUCGAAUAACGGAUGGCCAUCUGACCACCAGCUGCUCAAGGCUGUUUUGGAGCCUCCGCCGGCUGCAGGAUAUGUGUGA